GUGCUGCACCCUAUGAGGAUAGAUGAGAGUGUGCACACACAGCUCAGGGAGAAGUUUGGAGACAGGAUGCUCAAGAUGCAGAAAGGGGACGUCCUGGAGUUUCAGAACAGCUUUUCUUUUGCCUGUCCUAAGUUUCUGUCUCCCUGUCCGCCAAACUAUGAUGCCACACCUGCCAACUUCCACAAGGAACCGUUUAUGCAGCAGUUGAAGGUGUUUAUGGAUGAGGUUACCCAGCAGGCAUUGCUACCAACUAUUAGAAGCUAUCUGAAGCUGUACACCACACUGACUUUAUCAAAACUAGCAGCCUUUAUGGAAACGUCAGAAGAGGAUCUGAGAAAUCAUUUAAUGUGUUUUAAGCACAAGAUGAAGAACGUGGUAUGGACAGGGAGCUGCAGUGGUCUGGAGGGAGAGUUCCAGUCUGCUUCUGAAGUGGAUUUCUAUAUUGAUCAGGAUAUGAUUCACAUAGCAGACACCAAGGUGGCGCGUCGCUAUGGAGAUUUUUUUAUCCGGCAGAUCCAUAAGUUUGAGGAGGUAAUGAAGACCUUGAAGCCUUGAUAUCAGUGCUACCACAUAGCAAAAUGGAUUCUUGGGGAUUAAAAAAAAA